UCGAUUACUCGUGCAUUAGUGCAAGUUUGUGUCAAAAUAUUUUAUUAGCAAUUAUAUUAAUUUAUAAUAAUAUAACUACUAUUAACGAUAUUCACAAACUUGACUAACGUAUGAAAUAUGCACUGUUUCAAUUCAGAAAAAUAUAAGGAUAAAAAUGUUUAACCAAAUUUAAUUUCAAACAUGUUUAGCCUCUUGCAAAUAAGAAGCGCUGAAAAAUGGAAAACGAAAAGGGUAAAGAUAUAAACGAACAGUUUUAUUUGGAUAUUCCUUUAUAUUCAAGUAAGGAACUGGCACAAGAAAGUUCAAUAAGUGAUUUGCAAGAGUGUGGUUCAGAUGAUCUAAAUAAUUCUAGUGUAGACUCUCCAAGUUCAAAACACUCCCCUAAAACGUCUCUUUUAGCGAAAAGACGAUUACAAGCUUAUUCUAAUAUAAAUAGGUUCAAAAAAGAAGAAAAAAAUGAAUCGAGCCCUGUAGGAAAACCAGUAAAACAAUCACCUAAAAAAUCUAAAAAAACCCUAUAUCCACAUGAUAUUGCUAGGGCUGUUAUAAGAGAUAUAGAGGAGUUAAAAAGGGCUGGUUACGGUGCACCACCGCAAAGUCCUACAUUAAUUCCUAUGGAGGUUGUUCCAGUAGUUAGAAUUAAACCCGAGUCGAAUUCUUUUUCUAGCGACGUAGAUGAAGAUCGUCUUUUAUUUAAGAAGCGUGAAAUUAAGUGUCGUAAUAUAAGAAAAGCUGAUAGUGAACGCCGUUCGCCAUCUCCUAAGUCUUCAUCGUCUAAGAGGGCAAAAGAGCAGGAUCAGCAAGUCAAAAAACCUCACAAACAAUAUCCGAAAAAUUGGGAAGAAUAUGCUGAAUUAAAUUUGAAUCCGGAGAAAGAUAUUUAUUUAAAAUCGAGGUUUUUUCAGAGGCCUAGAGACAAACGUUAUGAUCUGAAGAAAUACUUUAAUUUUCAAGCUCCUUCACCUCCGAUUGAGAUCUUUAGGAGCCACUCGAUAAGUGGAGAUUUUACGUUUAUUCCCUUUGCACACUUAAGAUCCACGGUGUCAAAACCUCAAGUUCUGUAUAGUACAAAUCAUAAAACGACACCGCCAGGUCUUAUAAACAAGAAUCAGCUGUUUUCUUUUAUACCGGAGGAACGAAAAAAGAUAAUUGAACAGUUGUAUAAAGGAAGCAGAAUUCAACCCAGCACCAAAAAGAUCACCGUGCGUAAGUGGUACCCAAAAAACUGGCGAAAAUUCAACUAUUCAGAAGCAAAAUUGCUGGAAAGCUCUGUGGGUCUUUCAUUUUUGCAAAGUUAUUCGGACGAGGAAGACGAUAACGAAAACUUGAACGUUAGCAAUACUGAGGAAUUGGAAGAUGAACAGUGCACCCCUCCUUUAAGAAACAAUCUAGAAAAUUCUCUUUCAACUACACCCGAAAGAACUUUAAGUAGUUUGGACAAUAAAUCUAACAAAGACGAGUCAGAAAAUCUAGAUCCCGACAACGACUGGAAGAUUAACUUAGCUGAUUUAGAUGAAAACUUUGUAGAAAAAAGUGACGACUUAGAAGAAGAGUAUAUAAAGACCAAAAUGGAGCUAGAACAGCUGGAAGCCUCCUUAAAACAAUCUUCUAAAGAUUAUCCUUCCGAAAAUGAGGAACUAGUCGUUCCCGAAAAGAAGACCAAGAAAGAAAAGGAUAAGAAGAAGCUCCAAAAACGAAAGAAAAAACCUAAAAAGGAGGUUAAAAACAAAUCGGAACGCAAAGAAAAGAAGAACAAGGAAAAAAAGAAAUACAAAUCGAGGAAGAAUUUUGAAAUAACCGAUGAAGAUGAAGAGAAUAAGGACGAGGUUCGCGCUACUAAAGCGAAGAAAAAGAAGAAGAGCGAGUCAUCGAAGAAGAAGAAAGAACUUAGCCCGGGAGAAGAAUCGAUUUCUUCGCCUAAAGAAAACUACGAGGAAGACAUCAUGUUCUUUACCAACAGAUUCGACAAGGCGAACGAAGAUUUAGUUAAAAAAACUAAAAACAAACACGUAGCUUUUAUAAACUUGGAGGAACUGAUCACUUCGCAGAAGGAAGACAUCGACAUUAUACCGAAAAAACAAGAUAUAUUUAUGGCCGAAGAAAAAAAGGAAGAUGACGUUAAACCCGUCGAAGUGAAGGUAGAUUUGCUGAAGAAAAAUGAAGAGUAUUUGAGAAACCAGGAGAAGAAUAAGAGCGUUUCAAAGCACGAUAGUAAAGAAAAAGUUCAGCCAGAAAAAGCUAUAGUUUCCGAAAAAUCCGACUUAGAAGAUUCUAAAUCUGAAAAUAAACAGGAUGAGGAAGAGAUGGAUGAAAAUAAUCAUGAAAUUCCGGUUCAAUUAUACGAAUCUGUCGAUGACUCUGUCAAGAAAGUGCCCGAUUGGGAAAAGAUUAAAACAAAAAGGAAGAGACAUAUUUCUGACAGAGUUCAGAGCAGGAAGAGCUCCAAAGACUUAUCUCCUAUCGCGAUCGAAAUUGGGGAAGACCUUAUCGACGUAACGAAUAUUAAGAAAGAACCGUUCUGUGAGGAAGACGAGAGUUUCGAUCAACAGAAACGUCUGAAGUUAACGAAUACUUCCUGGGAAAGUGAUGACGAAUCUGUCGAAAUCCAAUCGAGGGACUUAAAUACGCGUACCUCAAACAGAGCUGACGCUUUCAGCUUUGAAAUACCUCUAAACAUUCAACAUUUCACCCGCAGAGACAUCAAAGUUGAUCCGGAUUCGUUCGAUAUUGAUAUAAGCGCUGACAAAUCAAACCAACAAGAGGCAAAUUCGGAGGUUGUGGAACAACAAAAACGAAAACCGGAAGACUCGUUGCCUGUUGUAACUAAAAGACGAAGAUGGGACUCGAAAACUUCCGAUUCAAACGUCGAUUCUCCUGUGAUCAAAACAGAUACCCCCGACAUAUUGAGUCUGGAAGAUUCGAAUUUGAAUUCUUCAGUGAAAUUAGAGGACGAGUAUGAGGAGUUUAUGAAAGCUGUGACUGGUUCAGAGAAAAACGAUCUUGAAACUAGUUUGGAUUCGUCCGUUAGUAUCGUGGAGGAAACUACGUUAACUAAAAUAACGCCCAGUGAGGAGGGGGUGGGUACUAAUUCAAAUUCAAGCUCUUUCGUACAGGUUGUUACGAACAUUGAGGAGGUUCCCGUCGAAACCAUUGUUAUCCCGGAUAUACCGACUAUUCAGAUUCCUUUACCUCCUACCAGUGAACCUUCCAGACCUGUACCCGUUCCCUCCCCCAAGCUUGAGCCACAGACAAUCAUAGACUUGAAUAAACCUCUUAUUAACCUGAGCUUAUCGGCUAACGUGACUCAGAACAUCACGAUCAGUUUACCAACGACCGUCACUAGUUUUACCGCACCUGUUACUUCCGGGAUAGACAUUUCCAAGACCAGUUUCGAGAUUUCAGCGCCAAUUUCGAAAGAGACCUUGGUCAGUGUGAAUGAAGUUCCGGUAACUGUUACUGCGCAGAAUUUUGAUACGGAAGUUCAAAAGGAAGCUUUUGUACCGGUUCAGGAAGAAUCCCCCGGUAAAAAGAUUGUUUUUACUGGACUGACCCUUCCUAGCAAACGACAGCUGAUGAACAAUUCUGCGCUGAACUUCGACGAUUCGGACAGCAACGAUAACUCUACCUUCGAGGAACAGAAGCGCAAGAAACUGGAAGCUCUGAUCGAGGACAACAAACGAGAGGUCCAGAUCGAGGAAAAACGGAAGCGUUCGGAACUUGAAUUCGACAGACAGCAAAGGGAGCACUGGAGUACUCCGGGGUUCAAGGACGACCGGAAGUCGACGCCGGUUAGGUCCAGGCGUGAGUCCAGUCCGGGUAGGAGGAGGAGCAGUCCGGGAAAGAACCGGAGAGAAUCCCCGGGUAGGAGGAGGUCUCCUCCGCCUAGGAAGCGGUCGCCAAGAAGGAGGGAGUCGCCUAAGAGGAGGUCGCCGCCUAGGAGGCGAACGCCGAUGAGACGUAGUGUGUCGCCGAGGAAGAGGCCGAGCGUGUCGCCGAAGAGGCGUAGAAGUCCUUCGCCUGCCAGGAGAGAUGGGCAUAGGAGAAGCAUUUCUCCGAGAGACAGGCGAUCAUCUCCGAGAAGACACGGUAACGCCAAGAGAAGCAGCACCCCUAAAUCUAACAGAAGAGAAAGAACCCCACCGCGUCACGAGGACACGCCUCAAAGAAGACGUAGUCCUAGAAGGUCUAAAACCUCCCCCGUUCACGAAGUCUCUUCAUCAUUCGGCGACUUGAAGCGCAGCGUUGCCGAUUCGACCAUCAGCGACGACCAGCUACCUCAAAGCACCACCAGCGAGGAUUACAACAUGUCCGCCCACCUGCAGAAUAAACUUAUGGACAGGGAUUAUGAUUCCCCGAAAAGGAUUUCUUUAGAUGACAGGAUCAAUCAGGUUCUGGGGUAUAACAAUGUCAACGAAUCGUCGCCCAAACCUAUUACUACUAUUACUUCUACGGGAUACGAUUAUGGUAAUGUUCAGCAUAAUCAACAUCAUCAGCAACAGCAACAAUAUGGUAAUUAUCAGCUUAACAACGAUCCUUACGGCGUUAAGGAUCAAGUUGCUCCGGUGAUGAUGGGUCAGCAAGCUAGUAGAAAUAUGGGUCAGUCUUGUUUCAAGCAGGUGGGCAAUGUGUUGCAGAUAGUGCCAAGCGAGGAUCUUACUAAUAUACCUGUGCCGGAUUAUUCUCAGAAUGUAAAUAUCCAGUGUAUGCCUACUAUGCCUCCUGUACCGCCUAUGUAUGAGCAAAAAAAUACUCCUGCAAAUAUUGACAUCAAGCCGCAAGUAGUGCAAGUGGGUAACGUGUUGCAAAUAGUUCCCAGGGAACUAGUUCCAAUAAAAACAGUUCCACCACCUCCGCCGGUGCAACACACCGAGGUUAAAUUGGAACCCAGUCAGAUUAUCGUGGAUAUGCAACGGCCAAGCACCUCAGCGGAUAAGCCAUCCGCUGAAUCAGCCAUGUUACAAAAAGUGGCUGAAAGAAGGGCAGAACGAGAAAAACGACGCCAAGAAAAAGAAAAUAGAAGAAUGGAGAAAGACAAACGACGAAAAGAGAAGGAAAAAAUUAAGAUGGACAAGAUGAAAAUCAGAACUGAAAAUAUGAUUAAGAAAGCGCUGGAGCUGGAACAAGAAGAAGCCGACGGUGACACCGACAUUUUGGGAGAGAAACCAAUCCAGUGGCCUCCAUUAUUAGUGGGACAUACCGUUCUGAAAGAAGCUGGAAAGAGUAUUUUACUGAAAAGUCGAUCUAGGAAACACGAAGAAAAAAAUACCGGCGAAAGAAAACUUAAAACCGUUCAAUUCGCUGACGGUAUCAGACCGGGUGAAGGUACGUCUCCUUCCGCCGGCGAAGAACUGUCAUCUCCGCCGCCACCUAAAAAGAAACUGCCAAAAGAAAAGAGAUACAAGAAGACUAAAUUCAACAAAAAGACUGCCAAGAAGAAGGUAAAGGUUAAAGUGAUCAAAAAACCUGUUCCGCCUCCCGAAGACAGCGACUCUGAAGACAAUUUACCCCCACCCUCGCCUCCUCCUGGUUCGCCCCCUCCCCAUGUUUUCCCCCCUCGUAUCAAGGUCAAUGCAAUCAACAACGUACCUGCGCCGUAUUUAGCCACAAUCUUACAGAGCGGCCCACCUCCAACUCAGCUACCGCAGCCACAGCAGUUCCAAUCCAACAUGUACCGACCUUCCCUUCCCUUGAUCAUGGCCCCACCCCUUCCGCCUCAAGUGCUCCCGUCUCCGGUCGUAGGAUCCGUCUCUCAGGCCCUCCCAUCUCGAAUUCCGACCGUCACUUCGGUGCCGUCGCCUCACCAUCCCCCUCUCACGGCUCACCAUCCCCCUCCCUCGCCCCAUCAUCCCCCUCCAUCUCCCCAUCAUCCCCCUCCGUCGCCUCACCACCCGCCACCGACGCAUUACCACCCCGGCGCGCUGCCCCCGACGUCCAUCGUCAAUACUAACCAUCAUCAUCACAGUUUGGGUCCGUACGGUCAUUCUCGUCAUUAUUAGCAGGAUAUAAGUUCCGACACACACCUCAAGGCUAGGAACCUUGUAAAAAAUAUAGUUUAAUUUAUAUGUAGGUAGACCAUAUAAUGUAAACGUUUUCAUUUGUCUUUGUAAACAAGGAUUUCGUUUUAAAAGGCACUAUUUUUUGGCGUUUCCCUGUUUUAAAACUUAUUUAAUUUUUUUACUGUAGUAAUUAUUGGGUGUAGAAUAAUUGUUCAUAGUUUUUAAUAAAAAUUUUGUGAUGGUUUACUUAAAAGAGAGGUCUUAAAGUAGCUUGAUUGUUAAAAAUGAGUCAAAUAUAUGAGUCAAUUUGAGAGGUUAUUGUAUUUAUUAUUAAUUUUAAAAAUUUGUUAGGAUCGAAUUGUAAAAUUUAGCCCUUAUUUCAAUCUGACAUGUCAUGGAAUAAAAAGACGUCAUAAUAGGUUUAGAAAUAACACUUUAUCUAGAUCUGUUCUAUGUCUAUCGCUGUUUUUUUUAUAAACACUGUAUAGUAAGUUUAAGGUUUCAGGAUAUUUAUUUUAGUAGAAAUUGAAAAUGCUAAUUUAGUCUUUCAUACAAGGUGUUUCAAAAAACGUGUCAUCUCUUGUGGGGAGAUUCCGGAAGUAAACAUAUGAUUUUUUUUAUAUAUCAACAACAAUUAUAAUUUUCUUCCA